UAAAUCAUGCCCUGCCGCAGUUCUCCCGCGAUUGUUACAUUCCAGCUCGCGCCGUCCGUUCCAGGGGCCGCUGUCUGUCUCCGCACUCCAUCAGUACGUGUGAUACUCAGCCCGCAGCCAUGCCAACAGAGCUGGAGAGAGCCAUGGAGAUCCUUCUUUGUCAGUUCCACAAGUAUGCCUGCAAAGAAGGGAAGUCCAACUCCCUCUCCCGGUGCGAGUUAAAGAAGCUCAUGGAGAAUGAGCUGCCCACUUUCCUUAAGUCUCAGAAGGAUCCUGGUGCUGUGGACAAGAUCUUUAAGGAUCUGGACUGUGAUGGUGAUGGAGAGGUCAACUUUCAGGAGUAUUUGUCCCUGAUUGGAGGCCUGUCAUUGUCCUGCAACCAGUUAUACGAAAUGCACUUGAGGCAACAGAAUCAACAGUGCAAGAAGUGAACAUGGAUGGGGCUAUGAGACUGUUCUUUACAAGAAAGCAAUCUGUGAUGAGUCUAAUAAACAGUGACAAUGUCCCAUUUUUAAAUCAAAUCUCUUUUUUUGAACCUAUGUAGAUACAUUUGUAGUCCUUGGUUUUCUACAUUAUGCAAGUAAUAAAUACUGAUGUGGAUAAUCCUGGACUACACAUAUCCUGCCGAUACAUUUGUAAUAGUUGUUCCAAAGAUGGUACUUUUCUUCAUAUUUUCUUCGUUUUUGUUUUCAUUGUGAGAAGUGUUCAUUUCGCUGUUUCACCUGUAACUCCGCAACAAUAAAGGUAUUUUUACAUUCCACCAUCAAA